CGAAAUUCCCAUCAAUCCAGGCUAGCUGUGUGGAGAUAGCGCGCUAUGAAACAGAACAGUUUGUUUUCAGGACAGCACAAUGACGAACAGUAUGAAGUAUGAUGAAUUAAUAUCGCUCCAACAUGCUGCUAACAUCACCGGCAGCUAGGUCCGGGGCUUUCUGCUCCACGGUUAUCGUCUUCAUGGACAGAGGAUAACAUUAAUGCCACUGCGUGAGACUUCCCGAGUGGGCACGGAUGGGAUUAACUGGGCUAGCCGCAGCUAAUGACGGUGCUGGCUGACUAGCUUCGCGGCUAACCGGUUUGCGUUUGCAGUCUUAACUCAGUCAGCUGAUAGCCCUCACCUGGAAAUCGCCGGGCAGGAUUCGCCGGGACCGCCAUGCCUCCCAGGCCCUCUUCCGGAGAACUAUGGGGGAUGCACUUGAUGCCCCCCAGCAUCCUUGUGGACUGCCUGCUGCCAAACGGCAUGAUCCUCACGUUGGAGUGUCUCCGGGAGGCUACUCUCAUUACGGUCAAGCACGAGCUCUUCAAGGAAGCCAGGAAGUACCCGCUCUACCAUCUGCUGCAGGAGGAGAGCUCCUACAUCUUCGUCAGCGUCACGCAGGAGGCCGAGCGCGAGGAGUUUUACGACGAGACCAGGAGGUUGUGCGAUCUCAGGCUCUUCCAGGCUUUCCUCAAAGUCAUCGAGCCAGUGGGCAACAGAGAGGAGAAAAUCCUCAACAGAGAAAUAGGCUUCGCCAUCGGAAUGCCCAUAUGCGAGUUUGAUUUGGUGAAGGACUCCGAAGUGCAGGACUUCAGAAGGAACAUUUUAAAUGUUUGCAAAGAAGCCGUGGACCUCAGAGACAACAACGGCUGCCACAGCAGAGCGCUGUACGUCUACCCCCCUAACGUGGAAUCGUCCGCAGAGCUUCCCAGGCACAUCUACAAUAAACUAGAUAAAGGCCAGAUUAUCGUGGUGAUCUGGGUCAUCGUUUCGCCCAGCAACGACAAGCAGAAGUACACCCUGAAGAUCAACCACGACUGCGUGCCCGAGCAGGUGAUCGCCGAAGCCAUCCGGAAGAAGACGCGCAGCAUGCUGCUCACUCAGGAGCAGCUGAAGAUGUGCGUCCAGGAGUACCAGGGGAAGUACAUCCUCAAAGUCUGCGGCUGCGACGAGUACUUACUGGAGAAAUACCCACUGAGUCAGUACAAGUAUAUCCGCAGCUGCAUCAUGCUGGGAAGGAUGCCCAACCUGAUGCUGAUGUCCAAAGAGAGCCUGUAUUCCCAGCUGCCCAUGGAGAACUUCACCAUGCCGUCGUAUGCCAGGCGGAUCUCCACGGCGACGCCCUACAUGAACGGCGAGACGGCCACCAAGUGUCUCUGGACAAUCAACGGGACGCUGAGGAUCAGGAUCCUCUGCGCUACCUACGUCAAUGUAAACAUCAGAGACAUAGACAAGAUCUACGUCAGGACUGGGAUCUACCAUGGUGGGGAGCAGCUGUGCGACAACGUCAACACUCAGCGCGUCCCCUGCUCUAAUCCCAGGUGGAACGAGUGGCUGACCUAUGACAUGUACGUCACAGAAAUUCCCAGAGCUGCUCGACUCUGCCUCUCCAUCUGCUCUGUCAAAGGAAGGAAGGGAGCUAAAGAGGAGCAUUGUCCCCUGGCCUGGGGCAACAUCAACCUGUUUGACUACACACACACGCUGGUAGCGGGGAAGAUGGCUCUCAACCUGUGGCCUGUCCCACAUGGCCUGGAGGAUCUGCUCAACCCCAUCGGUGUCACAGGCUCCAACCCCAACAAGGAAACCCCUUGCUUGGAGCUGGAGUUUGACCACUUCAGCUGCCCAGUCAAGUUCCCCGACAUGAGCAUGAUCGAGGAUCACGCCAACUGGAACAUUUCCCGGGAGCUCGGCUUUAAUUACUCACACCCCGGCCUGAGCAACAGACUGGCACGGGACAAACCCCUGACUGAGAGCGAUAAUGAGCAGCUGCGCCAAGUGUGUAACCGGGACCCUCUGUCUGAGAUCACUGAGCAGGAGAAGGACUUUCUGUGGAGUCACAGACAUUACUGCAUCAACAUCCCAGAUAUCCUUCCCAAGAUCCUCCUGGCUGUGAAGUGGAACUCCAGAGACGAGGUCGCGCAGAUGUAUUGCCUUCUCAAAGACUGGCCUGCCAUUAAGCCAGAACAAGCCAUGGAGUUGCUGGACUGCAACUUCCCCGACCCCAUGAUCCGAGAGUUCGCCGUGAAGUGCCUUGAGAAAUACUUAACCGACGACAAACUGUCGCAGUACCUCAUCCAGCUGGUCCAGGUUCUGAAGUACGAGCAGUACCUGGACAACCCGCUCGCACGCUUCCUGCUGAAAAAGGCUUUGACCAAUCAGAGGAUAGGACACUUCUUUUUCUGGCACUUAAAAUCAGAGAUGCACAACAAGACAGUGAGCCAGCGCUUUGGCCUCCUGCUGGAGUCGUACUGCCGGGCAUGCGGCAUGUAUCUGAAGCACCUGAGCCGGCAGGUGGAGGCCAUGGAGAAGCUCAUCAAUCUCACCGACCUGCUCAAGCAGGAGAAAAAAGACGAGGCGCAGAAGGUCCAAAUGAAGUUUCUGGUUGAGCAGAUGAAGAGGCCUGACUACAUGGAUGCACUACAAAGCUUUACCUCUCCGCUCAACCCGGCACAUCAGCUGGGAAACCUCCGCCUGGAGGAAUGUCGGAUGAUGUCAUCGGCAAAGCGACCUCUCUGGCUGAACUGGGAAAACCCGGACAUGAUGUCCGAACUUCUGUUCCAGAACAACGAAAUCAUCUUCAAAAAUGGAGACGAUCUGAGGCAGGACAUGCUGACGCUGCAGAUCAUUAGGAUAAUGGAGAACAUCUGGCAGAACCAGGGCCUUGAUCUCAGGAUGCUGCCGUACGGCUGCCUGUCUAUCGGCGACUGCGUGGGGUUGAUCGAAGUGGUGCGGAACUCUCACACCAUCAUGCAGAUCCAGUGCAAAGGAGGCCUGAAGGGGGCGCUGCAGUUCAACAGCCACGCUCUGCACCAGUGGCUCAAGGAUAAGAACAAGGGGGAAAUGUACGACCAGGCCAUCGAUCUGUUCACGCGGUCAUGCGCCGGCUACUGCGUCGCCACCUUCAUCCUCGGCAUUGGAGACAGACACAACAGCAACAUCAUGGUGAAAGACGACGGACAGCUGUUCCACAUAGACUUCGGCCAUUUCCUCGACCACAAAAAGAAGAAGUUCGGGUACAAGAGAGAGCGGGUCCCGUUUGUUCUCACGCAGGACUUCUUGAUCGUCAUCAGCAAAGGAACGCAGGAGUGUACAAAAACCAGAGAGUUUGAAAGGUUCCAGGAGAUGUGCUACAAGGCCUACCUGGCCAUCCGGCAGCACGCCAACCUCUUCAUCAACCUGUUCUCCAUGAUGCUGGGCUCGGGCAUGCCAGAGCUGCAGUCGUUCGACGACAUCGCCUACAUCAGGAAGACCCUGGCCCUGGACAAGUCCGAGCAGGAGGCGCUCGACUACUUCAUGAAGCAGAUGAACGACGCCCAUCACGGCGGCUGGACCACCAAGAUGGACUGGAUCUUCCACACCAUCCGCCAGCACGCCAUGAACUGA